AACAUAGCAAUAAUCCAAGAACCAUACCUGAACCCAGUGAACCUCACACUGAGCUCCUCCCAUUGGGACAUAAUCUACCCAACCAUGCAUGGGGACAUGAGAGUGGAACACACUAACUCCAUCAUACUAGUCAACAAAAAGAUAUCAAAAAACACACGGAAAAUUAUAUCCUUCAAAAGCAGCAAUGUAGCCACCAUAGAACUCAAAGGUAACUUUGGUAGGAUCUCAAUCUUCAAUGUAUAU